AUGAAAAUCUCCGCCCUCGCACCCAUCAUCGCCCUGGCGCUCGCCCCCUCCGCCUCCGCAUGGCGCGUGUACUUCUACCAACUCCAAAACGAAGAGGGCCCAUACAUCACCAACAGCGGCCCCGGAGGCACCGGCUCUCGCUGCCACAGCGUCGGCAGUCUGAACCAGAAGAUCUCGUCCAUGAGAUACUACUCCGACAACGCAGAGGGCACGACGCGGUGCUGCAUUCAGCUUUUCGAUAGCCCCGGCUGCGAGAACUUUUUGGGCCAAUCCUUUUGCAGGAACCAGUUUGUCAACUUUGAUGACAUUGGCAUGGACAAUGAUGUCAGCUCUUACAAGACCAUUUGCAAUCCUCUUUAA